AUGUCUCUCUUUCUGUUGUCUCCGUCUCCCUCCUUCUACCAUCUCUCUCAUUCUACCAUCUUCCUCUCUCUGUUGUCUUCAUCUCCCUCCCUCUGCUGUCUCCCUUCUGCUGCCGUCUCCCUUCCUCUAUCGUCUCCCUUCCUCUAUCGUCUCCCUUCCUCUACCGUCUCCCUUCCUCUGCUGUCUCCCCCCUUACACCAUCUCCCCCCUUCUGCCUUCUGCCUCCUUUCGCUGUUUCCUUCCCUCUACUAUCUCCAUCUCCCUCCCUUUUCCAUCUCCUUCCCUCUACUGUCUCCCUCCCUCAGCUACCAUCUCUGUCUCCCUCCCCUUCUGCCAUCUCCCCAUCAAUGA